UGCUGUCCACCGAAGGUCCCUGUGUGGGCUGCAUUGUCGGGGCUGCUUGCCAGGUGGGAGCCGCUUCUGUCUCCAUACUAGGCGUCCUUGCUUCCACCCUGGGCCCUGCUUCCAGUGCGUCCAGUCUUGCUAAGAUGGAGGCAACAUCCCCUGUGUCAGCCCUAUUCACUGGCUGCUGCGCUUUCCCCCUAUGACGUUUGGGUGCUGGCCCUUUUGCUUUCCCCCUCGCAGGUUGAGCCCUGGGUGCACUAGGCUGGCGUGGGCCGUGCUCAAGGGCCUCCAGCCUAGCCAGUAUGGCAGCCCAUGGGGGCCCCUCCUCGCUCCUAGCACCCACUGCCGCUGGGGGUGGGCAUCUCCCUCCUGCUUUGUGGGCCUUUCCUUUCCCUUUUGGCCCCCCCUGUCCUUUCUUGGGUGGCAUCUCUGGUGCUUUGUAUCCCUGGCCUAGCCCUGUCCAGGAAGAGGGGGGGGCUGGCCUGCCUAUUCUCUGUUCCCCUCGCACCCACUUAUCUGAGGCCCAGGGUCGUGUCACCCGCCCUUCCCUGAAGAUGCCCCAAAUAAAUUGCAGCCUAAAGGCCGCCUAGCCUGUGGUCUUUGCUGCCAUCGGUUCCGAUCCUGCGCCACAGGCCUCCACCGAGGCCUCCUGGGAUCCGCUGCUGCCGCCGCUGCCGGAACUGUAGGAACUCACGAGGGCCCGAGCCUUGCUGCCGUGCACGCCUCGAUGCCGCCGAUGCCGCCAAGCCUCGCUGAGCCCAGCCUCGCUGCUCUGCUUCUCGAUCUCCCGAGGGGGCUAGGGAGGCUCGCCGCCGAAACCUGGUCCAGACGAGGCAAAGCCUCCUGAGGCCACGUGCGCCGCGAAAGGAGCCACGCUGCGCCGCUGAGUCCUUGAGUCCUUGCUUCUGCCGCCGGACUCACAUCAAUUCGCUCGCCGACGCACGUGGCUCCUCAAGGCUCCUACGGGCCAGGCCUUGGUGCUGGGUGGCCGGCGGCGAGGAGCGGUCGGCGCGCCUUGAUCGCGGCGCGGCAAGGACGGCGGAGAGGCCCUGGCGCCCUGGAGGGGCAGUUGGGACUAGGCCUCUGGAGGCCCUCCAGCGGGAGGUGCAGCAGCAGCAGCCGUUGAGCUCCUCGCCAGGGAAGCCUGCAGGAGGCAUCUGCAGACCCGGCGGAGCAGUGGAGGGAGUCCUAGGCCUCAGGAGGCCCUGCGGCGGCGGAGGUGCGGUGGCAGCGGCUGUGUGGCUCCUCUCCAGGGAAGCCUGCAAGAGGCAGCUGCAGACCCGGUGGUGCAGCAGAGAGAGCCCUAGGCCUCGGGAGGUCCUCCAGAGGAGCGAAGUGCAGCGGCAGCACGGCCUAAAGGCAGCGGCGGAUCUCAGGCGAGGCGGCCUUGUGGCCGCGUUCUUUUUCUUUGAUUGCUACCCAGGGGUCCCCUGUGGGAAGGUUCUCUGCCCCUCAUCCACCCCAUAGCAAGGGAAGUGGGUCCCAGCCCCAUCUUGCAUGCCCUCCAUUUCUCACUUGGCGGCCCAGGUUGCCAGGAUUGUGGGGUGAGAUAAAGGGGCCCAUCAGCAGGGGAGGGGAGUGAGCAGGGGACACAGUCCAGCUGGGCUGUGAGGGUGCUGCCCCCCCUUAUAGGUAUCCCCACGCUGACCACCUCUCACUUUGCCAGGAGGCACUUCCACAACGGGCAUAGGCCUUGGGGGUCAUUUCUGCUGGAUAGACCCGGCUACACUCUGGCUCAGGAUGCCACCUAAAAAAGGUCAAGGUGGGCCAAAAGGGAAGGGAAGGGCCCCCAGGGCAGAGGGUAGGUGCCCACCCCCAGCGGCGGAGGAUGGGGGACAAGGGGAAGGCAUGCCAUGGACUGCUAUACUGGCCAGGUUAGAAGCCCUGGAGAGGGGCUCAGCCCAGCCGGCACCUGGGAGAACAAAGGAACCACCCCCCAAGCGGCCCCGGGAUAAAGCGCUGCGUCCAGUCGGCGGGGCUAACGCUGCAGCUAUUACUUCUAUCUUAGCACGACUGGACGCGCUGGAGGCAGGGCCUAAUGGGGCCGCAGCAAGAGUGCCCAGAGCAGAAGCAGGACCAGCGUUGUCUUCACAUGCAGCCCCGGGACCACAGCCCAUGCAUGGCCCCUCAGCAGACAACAUAGUGGGCCCCAGGCACCACUUCAUGUCCCGCAACCUCAAAUCAGUGGCAGGCAUGGAAUCAGUCGUGGGAGAGAAAAUUGGAAAGGAGGUCAUGGCAGGCCGCGUUCUGGGCCCCUUUACGGCACCACCCAUCCCUUCACUCAGAGUUUCCCCGCUGGGCCUCGUGCCCAAGAAGGCACCAGGUGAAUUUCGCCUUAUACACCACCUGUCUUUUCCCCAGGGUGGGUCAGUAAAUGACUUCAUCCCAUCAGACCUCUGCUCUGUCCGCUACACAUCAUUUGACUGCGCAGUUCGUAUAGUUAGGGACUGCGGGAUUGGCGCCCACAUGGGAAAGUGUGACAUCAAAUCUGCCUUCCAUCUCCUCCCUGUGCACCCACGGGACUUUGAGCUGUUAGGCUUUGCCUUCAUGGGCAAAUAUUAUGUGGAUAGGGCAUUGCCUAUGGGCUGCUCCAUCUCAUGCUCGGUUUUUGAGCGCUUCAGUUCUUUCUUGCAGUGGGCAGUCAGGAGACGGGCAGGCCGGCAAUCAGUGGUGCACUAUCUGGACGACUUCCUGUUUGCGGGCCCUGCAGACUCGGGCGCCUGUCAGGCUCUUAUGGAGCAGUUCGCAGGGAUGGCCGGGGAACUGGGCGUUCCCCUUGCGGCUGAGAAAACUGAGGGCCCGUCCACCACCCUCAAUUUUCUGGGCAUAGAGAUCGAUACAGUGGCCCAAUGCUGUAGGCUCCCACAGGAUAAGCUGGUGGCCCUUAAGGGGAAAAUCUCGGAGGUGGUUGGGGCAAAGAAGGUGACAUUGGCCACACUACAACAGCUGGCAGGCCAUAUGAACUUUUCAUGCAGGGUGGUAGCACCCGGGCGCGCAUUCCUGCGGCGCGUGUACGAUGCCAUGUCCGGCCUAUCACGCCCCCACCACCACACGCGUGUUACUGCCGCUCUCCGGGAGGACCUGGCAGUUUGGUCCACCUUCCUGCAGGAAUUCAAUGGGGUCUCCUUAUGGAGAAGGGAUCGCCUGUUGGAAGCGGAGCUACAGGUGAGCUCCGACGCCUCAGGUUCCUGCGGUUUUGGGGUCAUUUUCCAUGACUCAUGGUGUCAUGGCAGCUGGCCACAGAACUGGGCACAGGCUGGCCUGACCAGAGACCUGACCUUUUUGGAGUUCUUCCCCAUUGUCAUGGCCGUACACCUUUGGCCCGACAAGCUGGGCAAUUCCUCAGUCCACUUUUGGUGCGACAACCUCCCUACGGUGCAUGUCAUCAACACCCUGUCCUCUAGAAACCCCAACGUUAUGCGGCUGGUUCGUGUGUUCGUGCUCCAAUGUCUUCGCUAUAAUAUACAGUUCCUUGCACGCCAUGUCCCGGGUAUUGAUAAUAGUAUUGCUGAUGCUCUAUCACGGAACCAGAUGGAGAGAUUUCACCAGCUGGCGCCGUGGGCAAGGGCUCAGCCGGACGUGGUACCCCCAGCGCUAUGGGAGAUUGGAGGACCGAAUCAGAACGGGCCAUAAGCCUGUCUGUGGCACCCAGCACUUUGGCCAGCUACCAGGGGGCAGGUAGGGACCUGGCAAGCUUCAGGAAGUCCAGAGGCUACACCCAGGAGUGGCCCAUCCCUGUGAAGCAUCUUAUGGAGUUCUGCGUGGAAGGGAAGCGGAGGGGACUUUCAGUCAGGACCAUCAGAGGUAAGCUCUCCGGUCUAUCCUUCCUAGGGAAAGCACGGGGCUUCCAGGACUACUCCAGUGACUUUAGGGUCCGCCGGAUGCUGGAGGGGUGGUCCCAUGAGCGCCCACACACACCUGAUGCCCGUGCCCCCUUUUCCCCAGAGCUACUGUUGGGUCUGCAGGGACAGUGGAGGGUUCUAUGUUCUUCCCAUUUUGAGGCACUGCUAUACCAUGCUGCGGCCCUCACCUUGUUCUUUGGGGCCUUCCGAAUAGGGGAGGUAGUGGCAGGUUCUAAGAUGGAUGGCUCCCUCCGGGCCCUUCUGGUUUCUGAUCUCAGCUGGGAGCCAGAGGGGGUCCGCCUGCGACUCAGGCAGUCAAAGACGGACCAACACCACAAGGGUCGUCUGAUUGUGUUAUCCCCAUGCCAACAGGAGGAACUCUGCCCGGUUAGGGCCCUGCGGAUCUUUCUGGCAGCCCGGGGGCUGCAGCCAGGGUACCAAUUCAGGCAUAGGGACCUCCAGCCCCUUACCAAGUAUCAGUUUUGGUCGGUGACAAAGGCAGCACUCCAUAGGCUAGGUGUGGAUGCCCGCAAGUUCGGGACACACUCCUUCCAGAUAGGAGCAGCCUCCACGGCCGCCCACCUGGGUUUUUCCAAGGGGCAGCUACAGGCAGUGGGCAGGUGGUCCUCGGAUGCAUAUAAGACUUAUGUUAGACCACUAACAGAGAUGCAGGAGGCCAGCAGCUAAUGGCAAUUGUUGUCGUUUUUGGCAGGCUGCUGGGAAAGAUUGGAGCAAGUGAGCAUCCUCCUCUGCGGUCACAGCAUGAUUUUCUGGGCAGGCCGCAGGGCGGUGAAGUCCCGCAUUGGAACACAGCUGGGGCUCAGUCAGUGGGCCUCAGUGCGGUGGCUUGGGCGCCGGGGGAUGCGUUGGGACGGUCUCCUGCCUACCUUGUUCCAGUCAGCUGUGGACCAGGCAGUGCCCCAGCUGCUGGUCAUCCACCUGGGAGGUAAUGACUUGGGCCUGUUGAAGGGCAAGGCCCUGAUCGAACAGGCAUGUAGUGACCUCCAGGCCAUUGCGCUGCGCUGGCCGGGGGUGAACUUGGUAUGGUCUGACAUCCUGCCGCGCAGGACGUGGAAUUGUGCUGGUGACCCACGGGGAAUGGGCAGGGCUCGGAAGAAGGUUAAUAGACAGAUUCAGAGGGCCAUCAAGGGCCUGGGGGGUUCUGUCAUACACCACCCAGAGAUCAAGCACGAUAGGCUGGAGUUGUUCAGGCCAGAUGGCGUGCACUUGACUGACGUGGGCAAUGACAUCUUCCUGAUGGACCUGCAGAGGGGUGUGCACCAGAUUCUUAUCGUGUGUGGGGUAAAGGGAGACUAAGCAGAGGCUUGUCCCCCUUUUGUGGCAAGGAAGCGUGGGGGAAAGGUUAAAAGGGAAAGGGCAGCUAGGUGACACCUUUAGGCACCUUUGGGGGUGAUUGGCGGUCCGGGAGCCUGCACCUCAGGGUUAUACGGACCGGGAGCAGAACACGGGCCGCUUUUGGGGCCAACGUGCCUCAUCCGCUCGGAGUUUCAGGGCUCCGGGGGGCGGUGAUGCGGGUUGGACCCCCUACACAUCUUCAGGGUGUGGCCAGAGCUGGGGCCUGGCACAGGGCAGCCCCAGGCUCAGGCAAGGUUUGGUUGCCCUAUAGCUGCAAGCAGGCUUCGCCUGGAUCAGCAGAAUUCCCCCUCACUUGAUUGUCCCUCUGCAGGUUCAUUGGUUAUAAUUGACUCUGUUUUAAUAACGUGGCCCAUGAUUUAACCCAAUGAAUGGUGUCUGUGUUUAUUUCGGCAAUAGGCCGCGACAAGCAGCUUUCACUUCUCUUCCAGUCAGAAGCAAACCUCAAAGCAGUUUUUCCCUUGAUUGCUACAACGCAUCUCUCAAAUUGUUUUCCCUGACUGUUUGUUCUACACACAAACAAACAAACAAACACACUGCAGACCACUGGCAUGAGAUCCAAAUUAUGUGACAGCAACAGAACCAUUAUUUUAAGGAUUUAUGAACUGCUUCCCAUCAAAGUGGUAUACCACAAAAAUAUCGCUUAUCAAAGGAUGAUGUGAAUGAAGUGUCUAUAAAGGAAAACAACAAAGACAGACUGCAGUUUGGAGAGAGAGAGAACGAGCAGACUGAGCUGUAGUGUCUGUAAGCAUUUGGAGGUACUGGCUGCCUCUUUGGACUGAAGGCCUGAUGCAAGAGAAGUGGACUUUGACUGUCUGAUAGACUGUUAGCUGUGCCUCCAUCUGCGCUCAACCUGUACAUUUGUAAAUAAACCCAGCUUUACAAAACACUAAUAACCCUCCUGUGACCUCCUUCCAAAGGUAACCAAACCUGGUUAAGCCCCUGGAAUUUCUCACCGAUCAGAGAAAUGGAGUGAAUGUAACACUAUCUUGCAGGGCUUUAAGGAGUUGCUCUUCCUGGAACUGUAUUCCUACUUUUUAAUAUUGGAUUUUGCAGCGUUCAUUUUGGAAUGCCAGGUGCAAAUCUUUGAUUGUGGGCCUCUAGUUUUUGAGGGAAGUACAAAGAAUUCCUGUAAGAUUCAGGGAGACAUUUUUGACAGAUUACUAAAUCUCUCCUUGAAGCCCAAUAGAAGAAACUAAUGGAGAAGACUGCAUCUUAAGACUGGUAUUCAGAGACACCUCUAGAGACACCUCUACAGCGUCUGAUUGAGCAAGAUAAAGUGAGAAACAUGUCUUGGAAUAAAGCAGUCCCUUUUCCAUCACUUCUUUGUUAGUGUGUAAAGACCUCAGCCAAGAUCAAACAUCUUAGGUCACUAGGCAUUGUGCCAACAUAUAAUAACAUUCCCUUGCAUGAAUGUUUUUAAGAGGAGUAAAGAUAACUGUAUAUUGGAUUUUCUUUUUAUCUUGAUCAGUCUUCAGAUGUCUUUUCCUCAGCUGGCUGAAGAUGGCUCUAAAGCAAUAAAAAGAACCUUCCAAAAUGAAUUGAAUAUUUGCCGAGUUACAAAGCUCGACAAGGAAAUAUGUUCUUCUAACUUUUUUCUUCAUCCUCCUCUUCCAUUUGAUUCUGGCAAACAAAUUGAUUUUUGAGACAUGUUGUUUUUUAGCUGUGGGUGGAUGCAUGCACACGCUAGAGGAUCAACACAUUGAGCUUAAUGCAAAAUCUCUCAGGUCCAGUUUCCAAUGAAGGGCCUGCUGAAAGUCAGCAACAUCCCAACUACAGAAGCAACCCAAGAAAUAAUAGCUUGGUGUGCUCUUGUAUUAUCUUUUGCAAAGCUGCAGAGGCUGCUGCUGGGCAGAACUCUUUUGAAAUUCACUCUUAAAUUUAAAUGCUGAAUUGCUCCCAAGCUUGCAAAGCAGUGCAAACUAUUAAAAAUAUAUAUUUUAAAAAAUACAAUAUAAAACAGGCCCUCCAGAUGUUGCUGGACUACAGUUCCCAUCAUCCCUGACCAUUGGUAAUGCUGGCUGGGGCUGAUGGGAGGUGGAGUCCAACAACAUCUGGUGGGCACCAGGUUCCACCGUCCUGACAGAAAAUAAUCACAAAUGAAAAGCGGAAACAGAAAGAGAACUAAAUAAAAUCACCAUCAGUUGCCUCCCAACAACCCAAGUGUGUUCUUGUGUAAAAAGGUUUCACUGAACCUUUCUGAAAGCCAUCAUUGAACUGGCCAAACAAGUUUCCUAAGGCAAGUUCCAAGUUCCAAAAGGCUAUCACAGUAAAAAUCUAAAACUAUCCCAUUCGGGGCAGGGACACAAAAGAGGUCUUCACCUCAUCCAUUGAGGCACAUAGGAGAAUGUAUAAGAAGGAGGUGUGCCUUUCAGUCCCAGGGUCCAGACCACCUGGGGCAAACCUAGCAACUUGAACUGGAUGGGAAAACAAACUGGUAAUCAGCACAAUUCUUUGAAAAUAGGUAUUAGACUGGCCAUUUAUGCAUUGCCAAAAAAGAAGACAUAUACCACCAAAAGGGGAGGGGGCAAAGAAAGGCACAGAUCUGCACAUGCUAGUGUAUGUAAUAGAUGGAAAUUGAUAAAUAAUUACUGUAAUUUAAAUAUCUCACCACAGUGAGGAAGAGUGUGACCAAGUGAACUCUGUAACUGCUCAAGUCUCCUGCCCAGGAGCUAAGUGAUAAUAGGCAACUUCUUCUGCCUUCUCAGGGUUCUUAAACUUUAAACUGAAGUUAUAGCAGUCAGCCCUUCACCCAUGUCAGCCUGCCCACACUUUGAGAUUUGCUUCAGCGGUCUGGCUGAUGUGCCUGCCUGGGAGAACAAUCGGUCUGGCAGGGACAAGGAAAAGGGCUUUUUUAUUGGUGGCCCCACAUUUGUAGUGAUACAAAUCCUCCUUUCUGGCAAUGGGGUUGACUGCUGUUUUAAUGUUUUAAAAAAUAUUUAUAAUUUUUAGUUUUAUUAAAUGUUUUAAUUCUAAAUUGCGUGUUCUAUAUUUUAUUGUUAUACAUUUGCUUGACAAACAUGCCUUGGGCACAGCCUUGUGAGAAAGUGUCUUUUUAAAAGGUGGAAUGUAAACCUAUUAACACGGACAAAUAAAUGCAGCCUUGGACCAUGAGGGCAGCCAAGUGUUUUAAGAUGACCCACAGAGACUACAAGCAUGAAUUUCCCAGUCUUCAGCUUUCAGAUCAGACAGUGUGCCCUCCCCCUUGCUAUCCAUCUCUUGCUCCUUUUUGCAUUGUUGUCUUGCUUCCUGAUAAGCGUAUACCCGUCUGACCAUAUUUUGUCAUAAUUUCUAACAUUUACUCAAUCCCAGUAGGCGUUAAAGUCUAAGAUGGUAUUUAUUCAUUCUGAUGGCUGAAGAUAUACACAUACAUGAAAAACAAAAACGUCCUACAAUAUCGGCAAUUCAAAACAACAAGCUCAGCAAGCAUAUGCAAUUGCUAGCUGUGCGUCGUAUUGUGCCGUAGUGGAAAUCUGCAUGCUUUGACAUGCAAGUGCUAUAGUGCCAAGGUGCCUCUAUUACCCACUUGGAGACUUAGCAUCUAGAAAUCCAGGGGAAAGAGCAAACUCCUAAAGCCCCACCAGAGCUGUCCCUGCACCCCCACUGAGGUAUGCAGACAGGCAGGUGGUUGGGGGAGGGCUUUGGAGACUGAGGAACAAAGCAAGCUGCCUUAUCCUGAGUCAGGCAUCACUUUUAAAAUGUUAGUGUUGAUAGGGCCUGAAUCAGACAAAUUCAUUUUGACAGAGCAUGGUAUAAUCAGUUUAGCUGUGAGAUUGACACCAACACUGGAGACAGAAUGAACUAUUAACUAGGAUUGUUUAUUAAAUGGAUAUUUUUUACCUAAGGGAAUACUGGUGUUUACUUCAAGUUUUACAUGUGCUUGAUGGCACUUUCUAAGGGCUCAAGAGACACGCUUGCUGCUGCCAGCCUCGAAGAGGUCAAAGACCCUCAACCUCCACCCCAGCCAAAUUUGUUCACAACCAGAGUAGCUACUUGGUGCAAUCUGCCUCUGACCCCAAAGCUUCUCCGGUUGUACUUCUGGCUGCUUGAACAGUUUUGCCAAUUUUAAAACCCACUUGUGUAAUCUCCAUUUGGUAAGCUGCCUUACCAAGGCCUCUUAGCCAACACAGCCACCAUCUCCUUUCUUCUGAUCUUCACCAGCAUAUAAUCAUCACACUAGGCAAGACUACCUUGAUAUCUACCUGAACUUCAGCAUUUUCUGGUCUUUGCCUCACACCUCCCUUGUCAACCGACAUUCUCAGCUGACCUUAUAUAUCUUCCCAUGAACACAGUUAGCUGCCAUUUCUUUAGUGACUUGAACCUCCAGCCAAUCCACUAUCAAAAUGAAUGUGCCUGAGCCCCAGCUGAAAAGAGUAUUAGGCAAGGCCAGGUUAAGGGGGCUGGGAACCAUGGUGCAGUUCCCAAAAUAGGGUCCCUCCUUGCUAGGGUUGCUAUAUUCUAGUUCUACAUGUCUGGACAGGCUAAUGUUUGUAGUAUGCAAAUUAAGCAUAUUAAUAGUUGCAUUUUUCAGUUGUUUUAUUUUUGUGCCUAGUAAUUACCACCACAAACUGGGAAAGGAUGUGAGGAAUCUUUAAACAAAAAAUUACAUUAUCAACGCAAUGCAGCACUAUAAAAAGCCAGCAUAAAACAAAAAGCCAGCAAAGCAUAAAUGAAAAGCAAUAUUGAAACCAAGAGUUUGUCUGUACCAACAGUUAGGAAAUGUGAAAUGAACACACCACUACAAUUUCUAACAUAGACAAAAAUAAAGAUUUCAAUAUUUCAAUUCAGUCAAUCAUCUCACCUAAACAGGGUAUUGUCUGAGCAAAUCGCUUUCUGUACUGUGUCAAUAUUAAAUGUUUGCUGGUCCUAUCAUCUUAUAAGCUGUUAUCCCCUGAUGAAGGCCUGCAGAUAACAGGCUGAAACGCGUUGGGUUUUAUCUAUAAUAAAAGUUCCUA